UCCGUCGAAUCUUGUGAUGUGUCGAAAAAUGUUGUUAUUCAUGUUGGAGUGAUAUUUACGCCUUGACUCACUUGUCAAAUCAUGACAUUACAGUGUUCAGUCAACAUGACAUCAAAAAUUAUUUACAUUUCCCUCAUUAUUGUAAUUUUGACAGUUAUUCCUUGUGACAGUGCGGAUAAAGCCACGGGUGAAAGCACUGCAUCUCCCAAAAGCAGUACAUCGACAUUAAGCACGACUACACCGAAACCAGGUGCCAAUGAAACAGCAAAGAAUGGAACAGAAAAUGUGGGAGAUGGUAGCUUUUUUAACUUUAAAGAAAACAAAGGGAUGUUGAUGAGGGCAUUUUAUGUGUUGAUAGGCCUCACUGCCAUUGUGGUGGUAUACUUCGGAAUUAGAGCCUGGAGAGUGAGAAGAAAGAGGAACAAGUCAAAGAAGUAUGGAUUGAUUACGGGACGUGGGGCAGACUACGAGAUGGCGCCACUCGACGCAGAUGACGACGACGAUGAUGAAGAUACUACUGUGUUUGAAAUGAACAGACGGAAAAAAUGAAUCUCCCUUAUCUGAGGUGAAAUAGAACAGAAUACAAACAUAAAGUUAUGCCCUUCACACUUUAAUAUUUCUAUAUGCAUUCUCAGCGAAAGAACUGAAAGAACUGGGAGUUAUAUUAAAAAUUGUUUUUGCAAGUGUAUAUCAAAUAAAGCAUAGGUACUUUUGAUUGUGCAAAUAGACAGAGUAAAUAGUUGCUUGUUAUAUAGCUACAAAAAGUGUUAAAUCAUAUUUUAUGUUCUCAAUUCAGAUACUGGGAUAUCUCAGAACUGAUGAGAUCUUAUGAGCAAAUGGUUUAAUAAUACUUGAGCUACUCAAGCAAAGCAGAGAAGUAGAUUUCUAGAGAAGCUUUAGAUAUUUUGAUGAAAGUAGUAGACAUUAUGGAUAUAAAUCAGUUGACUUUUGCUUAAUGAGGAAGUUACUAUGUAUGUAAAUGUACACAUGAAAGAUAUGCUUGAAAUUCUUGAAUGAUAAAUCACUUUUGUUAUUAAGAAUAUGAUGUAAAAGUCAAUUAUACUGUUAAUUCUAAUGAUUGAUUUUGGGAACUAAUUGUUUUUUCUGUACUAGGUACUCUAUGUAAAAUCUUGGAGGAUCACUUUUCACUUUGUGUCAUGUACUGCAUUUUUUUUCUUUAUUUGUAACUACAUGAUCAGCAUCAAUUUCAUGAAGAAAGCAUAAUUCAGUGUGUUGUGUUGUAAGCUUUUGAUGAAAGCAAUGAUGUAUAAUUGAAAAUUAUUUUGACAUUUUCUUUGAUUGUUGAUGUUAUUAAAAAUUAAGGUGCUGGUUAUAUUAAGGAAUAACAAACUGUAUUACAUAAUAUUGUACAGGUGUUUUAUUUAAUUUUCUGUGUAAGAGCCUUGUGUUGUUGAUAAUACUCUGAUUUGACAAUUUUACAAGAAGGUACUCUAUUUAUAACCCUGUCUUUAAGUGUGUCUUUCUGUUAAGGAAAUCCAUUCCAUUUUUGGAAGAUUUUUUUUGUAUUUUGUUGUAAAUAUGUAUAUAUCUGAACAUCUUGAAACAAAUGAACUUUAAUUUUUUUUUUGUACCCGGAAAGUCCAGAAUUUUCCUUAGAGAAAUGUUAAGUAUUAAUGUUUUGUUUUUCUUAGAGGAAAUAUUUUUAGCUUACCUGAACCCAGGGCUCAAGUAAGCUUUUCUGAUUGAAGGUUGUUCUAUAUCUGUUUGUUAUGUGUGGUUUGUGAAUUUUUCACAUUUUUAAACCACUCAGCUAGUGUCAACCAAACUUAAUUCCCACAAAGCAUUCCCUGAAAGGAAUCUAAUUUUAUUUAUGUAAAGGACCACACCCUAUUUCUUAUUUCAAGGGGAGAUCACUUAAAAUAAGUGAAAAUUUUAUGACCUUUU